AUGUCUGUCUCCAAAUGUUGUAUUUCCGGCUUCACCUGGUCUGGCACACCGACGGGCCGCACCGGCAAGGUUGCUAACAACGACGUCUACAUCGCCGGCGAUGGCACGGACGUCGCAAUCCUCUUCAUCGCCGGCCUCUUCGGCUGGACAUUCCCCAAUGUCCGGCUCCUCGCCGACCACUUCGCACGUGAAAUCGGCGCUACCAUCUUCGUUCCUGACUACUUCGGCGGCGAAGUGCUGGACUUCGACCUCCUCGCGGCCGAAAAAUUUGACCAGGUCGACCUCAAGGGGUUUAUUGCUCGCAAUGGCCGCGAGCAGCGUGAGGGCGAGAUAUUCGAGACUGCACGCGCACUCAAGCGGGACCUGGGCUUCAAGAAGGUGGGCGCAGUAGGAUACUGCUAUGGCGGAUGGGCGUCGUUACGACUCGGUGCGAAGGAACAUGCGGAACAGGGAAAGCCCUUGAUCGAUUGCAUUUCGAUCGGGCAUCCUUCAUUGCUGACGAAGAAAGAUAUCGAUGAGGUUUCUGUGCCUGUACAGGUUCUGGCGCCGGAAAUCGACCCUAUGGAGUUAUGGGCUCAUGAAUAA